AUGGCUCUGAACUCAAUCAAGCUUCUGACGGGCAACAGUCACACGGAGCUGGCGGCGCUGGUGUCUGCACGCCUCGGUGUGCCGCUCACUGAAUGCGUGUGCCGGAAGUUUGCGGAUCAGUCAAUCGAUGUGCGCAUUGGGUCGUCCGUGCGGGACCAGGAUUCGGGCCACUCGCCACACAUUGACCUCAAUGACGCGUUUAUGGAGCUGAUGAUCAUCCUUUCUGCAUGCAAGACAGCCUCCGCUCGCCGCAUCACCGCAGUGAUCCCGUCGUUCCCGUACUCGCGGCAGAACAAGAAAGACAAGAGCCGUGUGCCGAUCACGGCUAAGAUGAUUGCGAAUAUGAUUACCAUCGCAGGCGCAGACCAUGUUAUCACCGUCGACCUACACGCGAGCCAGAUCCAGGGCUUCUUCGAUAUCCCCGUCGACAACCUCACGUGUGAGCCGAGCAUCGCGCGCUGGGUGCGCCAUAAGAUCGACGACUGGCGCGAUGCCAUUAUCGUGUCGCCAGACGCCGGUGGUGCAAAGCGCGCCACGUCUCUAGCAGACGCGCUCGGCAUCGACUUUGCGCUGAUCAACCGCAGCCGCCACCAGCAGAACCGCAACCGCGCGCGCUCUCAUACGGGCGAGUCGGUCGAUAUGGCCGCUUCUGCGGCCCACUUUGCAUGCAGCGAGGUCGCCAAUGGCGUGCACUCGCUCAGCGAGAGUGGUGAGUGGUUCAUUACCGAGGAGGGUGGUCAUCGCAUCCGCAGCGGCGGUCGCACGCGCAAACUCGCGGCGCUCUCGGACGAGGCGCAGAUGUCAGAGGAUGAGAACGACUCGAAAAUGGAGCUGCUGGUCGGUAAUGUGGCUGGAAAGACUGCCAUUCUCGUGGAUGACAUGGUCGAUACGGGCCGCACACUCGCACUAGCAUACAAGACCCUGGAGGAAGCUGGGGCGAAGCGCGUGUUCGCCAUUAUUACGCACGGUCUCCUCUCGGGCCGCGCGAUGGACCUGAUUAACCGCCUUCCCCUCGAGAAGCUGGUCGUCACCAAUACGAUCAGCAACCGCGAGAAAGCGACACAGAGCAACGGCAAGGUCGAGGUCAUGGAUAUGUCGGCUGUGAUCGGCGAAACGAUACGUCGCGCGCAUCAUGGCGAAAGCAUCUCGACCAUGUUCCGGCAAGACGCAGAAAUGAUGUUCUAA